GACAUCUCAAAGGCAUCUUUCUCUUUCUUUUGCAAAGUCUUGACGGAAGCCGAAAAUAUGGCCACAUCUAAAAAGAGGACUAGGAAGCUGAGAGGACAUGUGAGCCAUGGACACGGUCGUAUUGGUAAACACCGUAAGCAUCCCGGAGGUCGCGGUAAUGCCGGUGGUGAACAUCACCACAGAAUCAACAUGGACAAGUACCAUCCAGGGUACUUUGGAAAACUUGGUAUGCGAAACUACCACUUGAGGCGGAACAAGGAGUUUUGCCCCGUGUUGAAUUUGGACAAGCUAUGGACACUAGUGUCUGAGCAGACCAGACUUAAAUAUUCCAAUGCUACCGAUGGCAAAGUUCCUGUCAUCAACAUUGUCAAGGCUGGUUACUACAAACUCCUGGGCAAAGGCAAACUUCCCAAACAGCCCGUCAUUGUCAAGGCGAAAUUCUUCUCAAAGACGGCCGAGAAGAAGAUAAAGGAUGUUGGUGGAGUGUGUGUAUUGUCAGCGUAACUUAAGUUUACAAAUAAAAAUAUAAAACUUU